UUAAUUUGGGACGGACGAAACAUGAACUCUCGUGUUCCUUCACGUCAGGUUCUUCAGUGGAUUAUAAGGCAUGCUACUUCAUCUCUAUUUAGCCCCCUUCAGUCAGGUAGAUGGCUGCAUCGUCCAUGCGUCCAAUGUAGAUUGUGUUUAUCUAGCAGCACCUUGCUGCAAAGUGCAGCCAGCAAUGACCCAACUCCCCUUCAGAGACCGACACCUACAGAGCUGUCUCUCCAAAGUCUGUCUGACAUGGGCUUCACAGACACCCAAGCUGAGGCAAUAUAUGAAAAUGUGACCAAAACCAGAAGUGGAAGCACUGCCAAGCAUUGUUUAUCCACUCUCGCAGCUUUGUUUGUGUUGGGUCUCAACCCUUCCAGUGUGGUGAAGUUAUUGACUAAAUGUCCUGAGCUUUACACCAUCAAAGAAUCACUUCUUCAGCAGCGCAUCAGCAACCUGCGCAGACUUGGUUUGGGGGAAGGCAGUCUUCAGAGAGUGGUGGCCUACUACCCUGCGAUCCUCACUGUGCCUGUGAAGACGGUCAAACAUGUGGUGAUGUUCCUCAGAGAGAAGUGUCUGUUUACAAUGCAGCAGGUCACAGACAUUCUCCGGGACAGUCCUACCGUGGUGCAAGAGGACCUGGCUCAGCUGCAGUACAAGUUUCAGUAUGUCUACUUCCGAAUGGGCAUCAAACAAGCAGAGAUGGUCAAGAACAGAUUGUUUCGUUCCGCCUUGGACGAGCUGCGCUGUCGUCACUGUUUUUUGGAGCGCCGGGGCUUAUACCAAACCCCCGACAAGAAAGGCCAGACCACCAUUGUUAACCCCAAACUGGACAGCAUUCUCAACGUGGACCUGGACACCUUCCUGACACACGCGGCCCAGGCGGCGUCGGCGGAGGAGUAUGAUGUCUUUCAGAGACUGAUGGCCAGGGAGUGGCAGGAAGAGGAGCGUCACCACGGCAACGUCCAAGCAGGAAGUGAGGACGAUGAGGAGGAGGAGGAGGAGGAGGAGGAAGACGAGUUUGAAGGCAAGGAUAGUUAUAGGAAAAGAAAAAAAAGGAAAUGACACUAAAAAGAGAAUUAUUUAAGUAUAAUGGAGCUAUAAAGGAGUAUGAGAGCUGGGGGGAGGCAAAGAAAAUAAUUCUUUGGUUACAUAUACAUGCUGGUGUUGAUGUGACAAAACAUUGACUUUCUCAUUGUUUGCCAAACUUACACUAAAGAGGAAAAGGUCAAAUAUUUCAAGACAAGAAAUGCUUCUUUACUUUUAAUUUUACAAGAAUAAAAUUCUAAUGGUGUGGGGGAAAAAAAGUUAGAAAUAAUUUCACAGUGAUACUUUUAUUGUACAUUGUACAAGUACAUAGUAUUUUUAGUGUGGCUCAAAUACUCGGCUGCAAUAAUAAGAUGCACAUUUCUACCAAUGCUGAAAAGUCAUUGUUCUGCUUAGGCCUAAAUCUUAUCUUAUUAUAUCCUACGCAUUCCACUGAUGAAUUUAAUUUAAAAAUGGUACAAACUAUUGUACAAUAUUAACAAAAGUGAAGGAACCUGUAUCUAGAUUACGCCAUGGCUCACUCCUCUUCAAUGUUUUGUAAAGUAA